GGCGCAAAGAAUUAUAAAGGGGGGAGGGUGCGUGCGCAGUUAUCAUGGCUGGUGGAUUGUGAAGAGGGAGGAGAGAAAUGGCUGCUAGUGGCGAUGGAGCAACUGGAGGGGAAUAUACCGAGGAAGGACGAGGCAACCAAGAAGGUGAUGAAGAGCUAUGUAGCAAGAGCCUGCAAAUCCAAUCCAAGCGAUUUUAUAUCGAUUUGAAGCGGAAUCGACGUGGGAAGUACAUUAAAAUUAGCGAGGUUUCAACAAACAAAAGCACCAAGAGAAAAGUCAUCUUGUCACUGGCUGUCAGCAGAGAGUUCCGGGAUAAACUUACCACGUUUGCAGAGUUUCUAGCUCAACAAGACCCUGUAAAAACAGAGGAACAAGUCACAGAGGAUGGCAGGCUGAAAAGUGAAAGGAUUGAUGGUGAGAACAAAAAGUACUACCUAGACUUGAAGGAGAACAGUAGAGGAAGGUUUUUAAAGGUGAGCCAGACGCCACUGAUUGGGUACCCUCGCGGUGAUCGAGGUGACAGGCGUGGUCCAAUGCGUAAGGAAAUAGCCAUCCCGGCGCAGGGGAUUGUAGACAUCAGGAAUAAUUUGUCUGAGGUCCUGGAGGAGUGCUCAUCGGAUGAGGAAGACGCACUUGAGCUUCCAGCAUCACGAGAGCUGCGGGUGGAGCAGAAGAGGUUUUACUUUGACGUGGGCAGCAACGCCCGAGGCGUCUUCCUCAGGAUCUCCGAGGUGACUGCAAACUACCGCACGUCAAUCACUGUCCCAAAGAGAGGGUGGGCGCAGAUACGAGACGUUAUCGGUGAUUUCAUUGAUAAAAUGGAUGGUGGUGGUGAAGGUUACGAGGAGGAGGAGGAAGGAGGAGCCCGAGUGGAGGGAGAUGAGUAGCCGGCAGUGUUGAGGGAGGGGAAGAGAGGUCAUGUUUCUUACCUCAGUGCACCUCCACCAUGAAAAAUAUAACUCAAUUACGAAUACUGAAUUUUAAUCCUGGGACUUGGCGGUCUUCCGCGCGUCUGUUAUGGUGAAUCCUGUCUCACACUCACUUUUCGGCAUUUUCUGACUUUGCGUGACGUCUGCGCAAAGUGGAACUCCGCCUUGAUUGUAUGACCCUCAUGCUGCGUGACAGGUAUGUCACGUAAGCUUAGCGUGACCACACUCGGGCACUGACCUCGUAGCACAUGUCACGCAACGUCGUGAGCUGCCCUCUGUAUUUAUAGUAUGUUGUGACAUCACGUAAGGGAAGUGUCGUGCGCAAUAACGCGUCACGCGUGUGUCACGCAUUACAUCUCAGAGCACGACAAACCAUAGCGGCUUCGUGGAAGACUACAAGGCCUACUGUAUAUCUUAAACAAAAGCUUAUGAACUUCUCCUUAUGCGGAGAGACACGGUUCGCUGAUCUCCAGCGUAUGUACUCGCCAACGCACGCGUUGCAGCAGCCAUGAUGUAUUUUUAUGCCGUCCUAAGUUGUGUAAAGAAACCGCUUCUGUCCCCUCCGCGCGAGGGACCAGGAUAUAGGAAGCCAGUCAGUCAGCCAUCAGGGGGUCAGUGGGGAUGUAGGGCACACUGCAUGGCGCCAGCAGAAAAAAUAAACACCAAAAUUAACCAAA